UUAGUGAAAGCGAACUUGAAACCCCGCGAGGAAAAAUAAAAGAAAAAAAUAGUGAUUUGACACUUCUCCGAACAAGUCUAACAAACACUAACGAGUUAUUGACCCGAACGCAAAAAGAAAGAGAUGACUUUAAGUUCUCCCUAGAAAAAGAAAACAGAGAGAAAGAAGUAUUGAAAACUGAACUUGCUAAUAUUAAACAAGAACUUGCUGAGGCUAUUCAGAGAGAAAAUGAAAAGGAUCAAAGAAUUGACGAAUUAGAAAAUUCCCAAGUUAGUUUGAACCAACAAAUCGCUAAUUUACAAGAACAAGUAAAUAAUCUAAGAACAAAUGCUGAAGUAAAUAGCCAGUCGCUGGAAUCAAUGCGUGAGCAAUUACAACAAAGGCAAGAAAAUGAGACCUGA